AUGGCAAAGGGAGGCAAACUCACAAAACUGAAAUCAGUGCUAAGGAAAAUGCAGUCUUUCAAGCUUAACCGGGCCAGCAGCAGCUCUAUUGUUGCCACAAACAACUUCUCUGACGAUGACUACUCCAACGCCAAAAAUCUCCACCCUGUCUACGUCGGCAAGUCACGGCGGCGCUAUAUGAUCACUUCCGACGUGUUGGACAAUCCGCUGUUCCGGGAACUCGUGGAAUAUUCCGGAGACGGAGAGAACACGAUCACCGUUGGAUGCGAAGUUGUGAUGUUUGAACACUUGCUGUGGAUGCUUGAAAAUGGUGAUCCUCAGCCGGAGUCAUUGGAGGAGUUGGCGGAGUUCUAUGCAUGCUGA